AGUAAACAAGAAACAUAAAGUUUUGACAAAAAAAAAGACAGGAAAUAUAAUGUACGUCUUAGACAAUUCAAAAUUAGACGACAAAAACAAAAAGACCUUUCAAAAUAAGUCAAAAAUAAAGAAAAGCCCUUUCAAAAUUCAAAGUCCCAUAAGACUCAUUCUUCAAGAAGACUCUUUGUUCUCUCUCUCUCUAUCUCUCGCUCUCUAUGAAGAAACUCGGUCGGAAAGGAACCGUUCAUCCGUCGCCGGCGACUAAAUCGGACGACCAAUUUCUCUCUCUCCUCCCCGUCGCCAUCCUCUCUCUCGUGGCGGCGCUCUCGGCGGAGGACCGUGAAGUUCUUGCUUACCUCAUCUCAAACUCCGGUGACCCGAAUCGUAUCUCUCGGCUCAAGAAAAACAAAGCCAACGAAGAUGAUCAUCAUCACUCUCCACUUUUCCUCUGCGAUUGUUUUAGCUGCUACACGAGUUACUGGGUUAGAUGGGACUCGUCACCGAAUCGCCAACUCAUUCACGAGAUCAUCGAUGCUUUCGAAGACAGCUUGGAGAUGAAGAAGAAGAGAAAAGAUCGGAGAAAACGAUCGGGAAAAUCUUGCGUUCGAGUUAACUCGGUCGUACCGAGUAGACUCAGUGAGUUAGAUUCGAGUUUGGACGAGUUAGUUGGUGGUGACUCGGUUGGUGAUGGAAAUUGUGGUGGUGGAGAAGUGGAGAAGGAGAAAGGAUCAGUUGAGAAGAUUAUGAGUUUUAUUGGUCAGAAAUUUUCUGGGGUUUGGGGCUAAGAAAUUUCCAAUCAUUUUGCUUGAAAAUGGCGAGGAAAUUACAAGGACAUAAAAAGAAGAAAAUGCACUAGAUGACCAUGAUACUGUACUAUAUUUGCAAGAAUAUACAUCGCACUAUUUCGACACUGUUAGCAUUUUAAUAACCCGACUAUACCCCUAUGCUCCCUACUUAUUAGCAAGCAUCGCCGAUCUUGAUAAGAUUUUGGCGUCAGAGAGAAACA